AUGGCUUCAACUUCAACACUUCUCAUAAAAAUAAUCUUCCUCGUACUCAUCUUUGUCUCUUUUACAAUCUCUCCUGCAACUUCAACGGCGCUGGAUGAAUGUGCAAGCGAGUCAGCGAACCCGUGCGUCAACAAAGCUAAAGCUUUGCCUCUAAAAAUUAUAGCCAUUGCCACAAUCCUAGUUGCAAGCAUGAUUGGUGUUGGAGCUCCUCUUUUUACCCGCUCCGUGCCGUUUCUUCAACCCGACAGGAACAUUUUCACCAUCGUUAAGUGUUUCGCCUCAGGGAUUAUCCUCGGAACCGGCUUUAUACACGUUUUGCCUGAUGCUUUCAUGAUGUUGUCAUCUAAAUGUCUUGAAGAGAACCCGUGGCACAAAUUUCCCUUCUCCGGAUUUAUCGCUAUGUUGUCCUGUCUAGUGACUCUAGCCAUCGAUGCCAUGGCUACAAGCCUCUAUACUACCAAGAACGCAGUUGGCAUCUUAGAAAAUGGUCCUGAUCAUGGUCAUGAACCCGCAAAUGAUGCUUCCCUACCAAUAAAAGAAGAUGAUUCCGCGAAAGCACAACUCUUGCAAUAUCGAGUCAUUGCUAUGGUACUCGAACUUGGAAUCAUAGUUCACUCUGUCGUCAUUGGACUAUCCGUAGGAGCAACAAAUAACACUUGCACCAUUAAAGGACUCAUCGCAGCUCUUUGUUUCCAUCAAAUGUUCGAAGGCAUGGGUCUUGGCGGUUCCAUUCUCCAGGCUGAGUAUACGAACAUGAAAAAGUUUGUCAUGGCCUUCUUUUUUGCGGUAGCAAUGCCUUUUGGAAUAGCAUUAGGGAUCGCUCUUUCGACCGUUUACAGAGAAAAUAGUCCCACGGCACUGAUCACUGUUGGGUUGCUCAAUGCAUGCUCUGCGGGAUUGCUCAUUUACAUGGCGCUUGUCGACCUUCUAGCUGCCGAGUUCAUGGGACCAAAGCUUCAAGGUAGCAUCAAAAUGCAGAUCAAGUGUUUACUUGCGGCUCUUUUGGGGUGCGCUGGCAUGUCGAUCAUUGCCAAAUGGGCUUAA